ACUUCGCCCGCACAUUCACAGUGUACAUCACACGCGGCCAACCACCGAUCGUCCGCUACAGUCACUCGCCCGCGUCCGGCAGAUCAGUCACACAAUUUUUUUCAAUAAGCGCUCGCUCGCACGCCCGCACACACGUUCUCGUAUGCUUAUAUAGAAAUAAGUACGAAAUACGCGUAUAUAAUAAGCGCCGGCACCGCUGCUGCUGUUGGGACGUCGUAUAUCUGUCGUGUGCGUGUGUGAGUGUGGCGUGUUUGUAUGCGCAAAGAUAAUAAUAAUAUUAAUAUUACUAUUGUUUAUUAUAUUAUUAUCAAACAUAAUUUCGUACAUAAUAUACAGCUGCAACGCUACUGGUAAAGAGGUGCAUCUGCAGUCGUCGUCGAUAAGAAGGUUCAGCGCGGCCGGUAUAACACGAGGGAAACCCGACGAAACGCGGUCAUCGCGACUGCACUUCACUCGCGAUCAACUGCAAGUGUCGGCGGAGUCGCGCCGGAAAACACAAACGCUCGGCUGACAAAAGACCAACGGCUAAACAUCACCGUCGGUUACUGCUGUAUCAACCACACAGCAAAUUGCCAAAUACCUUGAAAUCAACCGAAAUGACACCUUCACAGACAUCGGUUCGACGGUGUUCCGUCUUGACGGCCACUCUACUGCUGUUGGUAGUGGUAGCCGCCAGUUUGCCAUCCAGUGCUCGGUCAUCCGCCAUACGUCCAGCGUCGUCCGCUGCAUCGACCGAUGCUGCCGCUUCCCCAUUAGUGCCGAGCAGUUGGCAAGGAGCUUCAGCCGUUCACUCUAAUGUACCAGCAUCGGCCUCCGGAAGGACCGUGUUGGUCAGGAAAAAAAGGACGUUGCUCAAACUCAAGCCUCUCAUCGUUCUGCCGGUCAAAGUCGCGCUGGGCACCGGUGCCAAGCUGGUGGCAGGGGCCAAGUUCGGAGCCAAAGCUGUUGGAUUGGGCUCAAAGGCAUUGGGCGUCAGUCUCGUCGGACUGAAAGCCGUCCAUAAGGUGGCCAAAGUGACGGUGAAGGCGGCCACCGCUCUGGGCGUCAAGGCGGUGCUGCUCAACUUUUUGUUCCAGAAAAUCAAUCAGGUGAUCGACUUUAAGACCCGCCUGCUGAGCAACCUUGACCAGCGCAACCGUCAACAGAAUGCACAAUUCCUGUCACCAGUGUUGCCCCAAUCUUCUUCACCUUCAAAAUCGGGAUCGAUUGGAAACAAGGACAACGCCACAUUCAACGUCGUCGGUGCCGCAGCUUCCGUCGAUGCUAUUGUCCCUUCACCGGACUUCGCGGCUGCCCCCGAUGCCUCGGGUUUCGUCACGAAUGCGCCAUCAGCACCAGCCUUCGUACCCGGAUCAGACCUGAUCGCUUCACCACCACCACCAUCACAGCCAGACUUUGAUGGACCUCCAUCGGACUUUGUCGGAACCCCGACAAACUUUGAAAGCGCUUCAUCAAGCUUUGGCGGCGCUCCUUCUGGAUUUUCCGCCUUCCAACCGAGCUUUGCAGCUGAACCGUCGGGCUUUGCCGCAACAAACGACGACGGAUCGCCAUCGUCAGAGACGUCGUUCUAAAAACAUGCGUCCUCUCGUCAUUGUCAUAUCGUCGUCUUCUCGAUUGAAUCGGCACUUGCCAGUCACACCGCCAUAAUAUAUAUCAUAAAUCAUAAUCGUCAUUUAUAUAUAUUGUCUAUCAUUAUAUUAUCAUAAUCAUACAUAUAUAUUAUAUAUAUAUAUAUAUAUAUAAAUCAAGCCAUAACCAUAUAAAGUCAUAAUUCAUAAAUCAUAAUACAUAGUAAUAUAAGUUGUUGAAUAGUAUAGAUGGUCAUAAUCGCAAUUAAGGGAUACUUAGGGAUGAUUAGCUCCUUCAUAAUUUAUGCCAUUAGUAGACUAACUGAAAAAAUAAGGAGCUUCCGCUUUCCAAGUUUUUCAUUGAAAUUGUGUAGGUAGUACGUUAUGGUCGAGUCGUGAAAAUUUCAUUGACUCACCCAUCAAAUAGAGGUAUAUUAUAUAAAACACAAUUUUGGAAGUAGGAUAAUUCCAUGUACAUUCCAACUUUCUGCAUAAUCACUUAAACGAUGAUUAUCCGAUUGAGGAAAAAGAAGAUUCGUUUGAUUUUUGUAACCCUGGUCGAUUAUAUAACUCGAAUUAAUUACAUCUAGGUAAGGUUUAAAUUUUGAAUAUCGCGUAUACUUGCUAUCACUAUAUGGUAUAUGUGUAGUGAAAUGCCAUAUGACAUUAAAACGAGUAUACUCUCACUUGAUAUUAUACAACUGUUUUAAAUUAAAUUAUUGUUAACGUAUUUUUUUAUAGUUUUAUUAUAAAUAAAUUAUAUGGAUACAACCACAUGAGCUCGACUGUAACGGAUAAUCAAAAUUUCGUUUUUUAUAACAUUAUGUAAUAUUAGUACAUUCAUAUAUUACUAUAUUAACAAAAAUCUAAAAUACACGUAGGUGAAUUUAACGUUUAACAUAGUCACACAUUUUAUAAAUCAUAAUAAAAGAUCAUGCAGUUUAUGUUUAUUAUAGUAUGGUGUACGGUGUACCCAGUACACUUACCUAAUAAAUAAUUAGCGUAUACGGGACUACGUGAGCAUCUUAUUAUAUUAGUGUCUUAUACUUAUAUAUUAUAGUAUUAUACAUCACUAAGGUUCGGUGAUUAUUACACUUCACUUUCAUAUACGUUAAUAAUUAAUACGUUGCAAUUAUUUUUGUUGCAACAUUGAAUAAUGUAGUGUACAAUCACUCGUCUCUUCUUCAUCGUCACUAUUUUCAUAAUUUCCAUAAUUUAACCACACGUGUUGUUCACAGAAUUUUUAACAGUUCUUUCAUCACACUAAUAACCAUUAUCAUUAUCAUAUUAUUAAGCUAAAUUAUCGUGAUUUUCAAUUUUCAUCGUCAUCUUAAAUCGGUAUUGUCAGUCAAUGACCAUUUCACCAAUCAAUCAUCGUCAUAUCAUAUGUGCCUAUUAUCAUUAAUCCAUCAUACAUGCGUGUUAUAUAAAUAAUUUAAUAUUAUAUUACAUAUUAGUUGGAUUAGUUAGGAUAAUCUAUAUAGGUUUUAGUUAAUCUUAGUAGUCAAUAAGUUUGUUGGUAUAUUAUUUAUUACUACAGUCGUCGUGAAAUUAUUUUUCUCAAAAGUAGGUUCUAUAAGUCGUUCGAUAUAUUUAUGUAAUAUUAAUAACAAUAAAUAAACAGGCUGCCAAUUAUAUCAAAAAUAUAUUACAAUUAAUAAUAUUAUAAUUGAUGAAACAACAAAGAGACGUACCUACUACUAGUAGACAGUAGUAUUACCUACUUUAGCACUUGCGAAUCAGUAUUGACGUCUUGUAGUACCUACUGUUUGUCACGUAACUUAAUUAAUAGGUAGGUACAAUAUUAGUAUAUUAAUAUUAUUCUCUUUAUUUUUCAUCUGUCAUUGAUAUAUUUUAAGUGUGGCUUGGAAUGUAUAAGUUCUUAUCUUGUCCGGUUUUUAUAUUCACAUAGAUUUUUAACUUUUUAAUAUUUUACACUACAUGCCCAUAGAAUUUAUUUUGUCUGUAAUUUCAAACAUUCUACACAUUUUUCAGAACCAGGCAUAAAAUAAAUUAAAAAUAUUUGAAUCUCAAUAUUGUUAUUAAAUAACAUUAUUUUUACGUGGUUGUAUCUAUAAAAAAUUUCGUUGAAUCUGAUAAUUAAAACAUAUCUUUUAUUUGCUAUAAAAAAAUAAUCAAUUUGACUAGUGAAAAAAUUUAAAUUAUUAUUUUAUAAAUGUAGAAAUAUAGAAUCCUUUUAUUCUAAAUCCACGCCAUGAAUAUUUGUAUCAACUAGAAGUCUAUCGUCGAUACCAAUAUUGUUAUCGUUAUUAUAGAUUCUUUCAAGUAGGUGUACUAGGUAUAUAGUUGAUAGUUGUAAACUUAAAAGUCAUAUAGGGUGGGUGUUUAAGUUAUAAUUACUGAUAGUUAAUAACAAUAGAAAAGAAACACAGAUAGUCCUCACUAUUAUGAAGCCAAUCAUAUGUAUUAACAGGCGUACUACACUACUUACUAAAAAUUAAUCCUGAACCUACCAAGGGCGUUUUUAGAAAGAAAGGCACAUGAGGCUCACUCAUUCACCGUACUUUAUACUUUUUUAGUUUUUUUUUAUUCUUUUGGGAUGGAAAAUAUAAGUUAUAACUUUUACUUGUGAACAGUUAAAUUUUUUUGUUCGUGCCCUCCCCCCUCUACCCCAUAAGACAUUUCUAUAUACGCCCAUGGUACCUGAGUUACAUCUAAUUAAAAUUUGAUCCACCAAUUAUAUUUAAUAUUUAGAUAUAUUAGAAUCGAAGACUAAGUAAAUAUUAUCUUUCAAAUGUAUCAUUACUUAUACAGUUCACCCUCGAGCACUUGUUUAAUCUGUCUGCAUAAAAUAUGCGUAUAAAGUUACCCCUUUCACCACUGUAACAUUUAAGUGAUAUAAUUUAAUAUUUUAGUGUUAAUUAUUCAAAAUUACAUUAGUAUACACGAAUCCCUCGAUAUCCGCGAAUGUUAGGUUCUAACAAAACCACGGAUAACGAGGCCACUAUACAACCAUUCAACAUUCGCAUAAUAGUGAUAAAAUAUAUUGAUUAUUAAAUAAAGAGUAUUUUCAAGUUUUCAAUACUAUAGUGGAUAAUCGUAAGUGCGAUUAAAAAAUUCGCGGGUAACGAGGGAUUUCUAUACUUAUCUUAUGUUAUUGUAUUCGUGGUGAUAUUCAUAUGUUCAUACUGUAAUAUUCUUUUAAACGUUAAUGUAUUUAAUAAAUAAAAAUAAAUAUGCAACUAUUUGAAAUAA